AUGAAAGUAAUAGAGACAGAGGUCUGGCAUAUUACACCAUCAGACUCUCGUCAUACAAUUAAGAAACGUUGUCACAAGAGUAAUAAAAGGCGACGAAGACAUCGCCGACAACACAGUAAAAAAAACAGAAGGAGAAAUAAAAAUCGCUCUCACAAAUCUCCCAGUCGUCGUAGAUUGUCGUCAGUUGGAGCGCUUUUUGGCCUAAAAUCAGAUUCGCCACCAAUGGUAGUCACAACAACCAGCCACUUACAAAAAGACUGGUGCCAAACAAAACCCAUGACGCAGCAGAUUCGGGAAGAUGGUUAUUUUGGAAUUACUGCAAAUGAUGGGAACAGGAUUGAUUGUGGAGUACCGUUGGCAGCUUUGGUAUGGAAGGCGGAAGCUGGAUUACUGAUUCACUUUUUGACUGUAGGAAGUUAUAUGUUAAAAUAUGACAAGGGAUGUAGACAGACUAAAGCACAAGAUACCUUGCAACAACUCCCACAGAUUAAAGCACAAGAAACCUUGCAACAACUCCCACAGACUAAAGCACAAGAUACCUUGCAACAACUCCCACAGACUAAAGCCCAAGAUACCUUGCAGCAACUCCCACAGAUUAAAGCACAAGAUACCUUGCAACAACUCCCACAGAUUAAGGCACAAGAUACCUUGCAACAACUCCCACAGACUAAAGCACAAGAUACCUUGCAACAACUCCCACAAACGAAAGCACAAGAUACCUUGCAACAACUCCCACAGAUUAAAGCACAAGAUACCUUGCAACAACUCCCACAGACUAAAGCACAAGAUACCUUGCAACAAUUCCCACAGAUUAAAGCACAAGAAACCUUGCAACAACUCCCACAGACUAAAGCACAAGAUAUCUUGCAACAAUUCCCACAAAUUAAAGCACAAGAUACCUUGCAACAACUGCCAUAG